GGCCGCGCCGGAAGGGCGGGGCCGGCGGGGAGGAGGCCGGGGCGCCAUGGCCACAGCGACGGACCAGCUGGUUGGGUUUGGCUUGGUCGCCUUCAGCCUCGUCCUCUUUGUUUACUAUACGCUCUGGAUCAUCGUACUGCCCUUCAUCGACAGUGACCAUGGGAUCCACCAGUAUUUCCUGCCUCGGGAAUAUGCAGUUAUCAUCCCUGUGGUGGCUGGGCUGCUGCUGCUGCUAUUUAUAGGUGUUUUUAUAAUUUUCAUCAUGUGGAAGAGCAGGAAACCUGCCAAGAAAUCAGACUGAAGGCCCAGCUGAGGAGAUGAGGAGGUGCCCACGCUGCGGCAUUGUAGCCAGGAAAAGACUUUUCCUGCAGCUCCAGGCAGACAUCUCCUCCAAGGUGCCCAGCACUGAGUUGCUCCACGUUCCCUCCUGCAGAGACUAAAUGUAGUUUACAAGUCACUGACCAAAGAGAAGCAGGAUUCAUCCAAGGCUCAUCAAGUGAGGGACCAGAGCCCCUGCUGAGGGACCUGCUCCCCAGCUGUGGCUGCCUAGCCCACUCUCUGGGCACUCCUUCCCCUCAGCUCUGGCUCUGCUCAGUAGUUUGUUCCAUCUGGGAAUUUUUAAAAAAGUUUACAUACAGUUUGUGGGGGUUUUUGAUUCAAGUCUGAGAGGAAAGAAAUAAGACUUUGGGCUUGGAAAGGACAGGUUUUCCUUCUCCAUUUGCUUCUGGAAGGGCUAAUCACAGUGCUGGGGGCUCUUGCCUUUCUGAAGAGGGACUCCCACGAGGCUGGGUGCGCAGAGGGUGCAGGGACAGUGCUGCCCUCUGCGUCCCACCAUGCACUCACCCAGCUGAGAGGGUGAUGAGGAGAUGUCCUGGAUCACAAGGAAGUGUUGGGUGUGGUUCCCAUCACAGCUGUCAGUCCUGGCUGGAUUCCUGCCCUGGACAAGGCUCCGUGUGCCAGCCAGGCUGGGGCUGAGCAAGCAGGUGUGGUGCCAGUGUCCUUCCCCCAUGAGGUUUCCUCUCCUAGCAGCUCCCCUGGACCACAGCGAGCAGGAUCACCCUCAAUAAAGGUCUGUAAGGUCUC